UGUUUGGUUUAAAUUUUAUAAAAGUGGGUCACGACUUAAGGACCGUGGGAAAAUGUGGGUCCCAGAGUGAGACCAGUUGAGAACCGCUGAUCUACAUGAUUGAGACCAGUUUAUCCUCAGUCUGUGUUUUUACUGUAAAGUUCUGCGUUUAAAGCUUUUUCUUUAGAAGGAAGGUCCUUCGGUGUGAUGAAACUUCUUUUGUUGAGAUGAACUCAUUUAUAAGCAGGUUGAGCUGCAAAAAUAACCUUCAGGAUUUAAGUUUUUUCACUGCAGAGGAAAAACCGUACGACUGCAUGAUUGUAAGUUUUCAGUGAAGAUUUUGUGUGAGCAAGGACAAAGUUUUCAGAGGAUAAAAUAUUUGCCCUAAACUGUCGAGACAAACUCCGACGUUGUUCUGUGACUGAUGUAGGCCCAGAGUGAAGUCUUAGCGUGGGCCCAUCCUUCGCUUUUCUCCCAGUUUUGUGUUUCUCUGCUCAUUCUGGACUCUGCCUCAGGUAUUUCUCACCCUGCUGAGACGCAGAGAUAGAGGACGAGAGGAUCCCAUCAGAGCCUGGGAACCUGAGGGAUCCUGGAGAGACAGACAGACAGAGAAGAGAAGGAGACAGGAGACAGUCAGAGAGAGGACAGGGGGACCAUCAGGGAGAUCAUGCUGUGAGGAGAACUGCUCAGGGAACGCUUAAUCAGCUCAUUUUCUGCCCCCUCAUCUGUAGCCUCCGAGUAUCCUGUGGGACCUGUUGUGGUGUUAGGGGACUCUGCAGCACCAUGGGAGCCUCCAGUGACAAGGUAAGAGGGUGAUGGUCUGGGUUUUGUCAGGGCCUGCAGGGUCAGGGUCUGGUUGGUAUCCUGUUCGGAUCAUAUUUGGAGUUGUAGUUCGAUCAUUUGUUUAGGCAGCAGUUGUUGUUCGUGUCUAACUUUAGAUGGCUUCAGUGAAGAACCAGGUCAGGACUUAUAGACCAACAGAGACUCUGAGUUCAGCUGCUGUGAGAGCAACGAAGAGAAAGACCGACUCUUACGUUUUUACUAUUUUAAAGUCUAAACCAGUCAGCUAUCAUAGUUCCUCCUUUAGUCUCAGGUCUGAAUAUUUCCCUACAGAUUUGUGAGGAAAAUUAAAGAGUAGAAAUGAGUCAAACUGGUGUAAGUGUGGGAACAUGUAAAGAAUUUACCUCCAGUUUUGACUAAACUCACACAGACACCUCAACACUAAAACUUUAACCUCUUUACACGACUAAAAAAAAUACAGAUAACAAAGUUCAUCAAAGUUUGAAGACAGGAAAUACAGAAACUCUGGCAGGAGGAAAACAUGGCUCUGGAUCAGAUUUUAAUGGAAGAGGAACGAUGUUGAUGAUGUGGAUCACAAAUAUUAACGGGAGUGAACAUCGGGACUGAAAUCAGAACGAUGUUACCUGCAUAGUGGAGUUAUUUUUGUUCCUUGCCUACAUGAGUGAUUUUGACAACAUGAAAAUAUCAUUAAAACAGACUAAAGUCAGAAUAAUAUCCAGAAGGAACUGAACAUACAGAGAGCAUGAACUUGGGUCCCACCUCACUGCCCCAGAGGUCCUGCAGGUCAGCAGGUUUCAGACAUUCUGACUAAACUGAUCUGAGGACAGUUUCUGUUCAUUUUACAUCAAACUCAUCAACCCUUUAAAUCUCUUUAACAGCAGAGAGUUUGAGAGUGAAAGCUUUCUCCUCUCCUUACUGUGGGUCGAGUGUUUUUACAGUAAAUGAUGGAAAAGUUCUGUGAGUCAUUCCCUGUCAAUAAAUAAAGAGAGGAGCAGACUCACUGUCACUGCACUACAAAUGUCACUGACAGACUUCACUCUUCUUUUUUGUCCUGAUGUAUUUGUCCUAAGUAAAAAAAAAUUAAAAUGUGGGCAAACCAGAGAUUCUAAGACAAACACAAAACAAACAACACCUAAAGAGACAGACCCCCCCCCCAUCACUCCAAAAGGGUUCUUGUCAUGGAGGUCAUGGGGGUGAUAAAUAUGGGGUGUGUGGAGCUGGGUGUAUUUCAGGGGUAGGUGACAAUGUCAGCGUGUGAACCGAUGCUUGGAGCUUUGUUCAAACCAUAGACAAUACUUGUUUUAAAGUAGGAGAGCUCACAUGGGGAAACUUCUACACCUAAAAUCUGAUCAUUCAGUCUCAGAUCUCUUUUUAUGCUCCAUACUGCAGUUUUAGGAGGUCUAAGGGAGGAGGAAUCUAAGAUGGAUGUCUUUAUAACCUUCAGCCAAGUCCGUGAUUCUGGGCGAGUAGACGCAGACCACUUUUGUUUGAUUCUUGGUGUCCUCCAGGACUUUGACACCUCAUGAUUCAAGCAUCUGUCCUCUGAAUCGACCAUAACAGACAAAGAUCAGAGAAGAAGAACUUUAUUUAUGAGGGGAAAUCCAACAGGCUUCAUCUGAUAGGCAAUGUCAGCUAUGUGAGUUCAGAUGUUUUCUUGUUGAGCUUCUUCACCUUUGGAGGUUCCUGCUUUCUGCUGCUGACAGGUUUUGGCUGGUGCUGCUCAGGAUGACAGUUAAUCAGAUGCAGAUUAAAGUGGUAGGACUGUAGGAGUGUUAUUUUGCUUCAUGAACGUUGCAGUCUGUUUCUGUUUCUGUUUCCUCAGAAUACUUCCAAACAGCUGACAUGUUGAAGUUUGUCAUUGCACGUGCAUAAUUAAUCUGCUGUAAAUAUUGACACAAAUGGUCAUUAGGAACUAAUGACACCUUUAUCUGCUGAUGAUGGUAUCUCUGUGGAUAAUGUUGUGCAGCUUACCUGCUCACAACCAAAACGAACAGCAGCGCCGCUGACUCUUACCUCACUCUGAAUCUGAUCAUCAUUUCUCCUGACCGUUGGUUUGUUAUGUGUGUCUGCAGCUUUAGAUCAUUACUAUUGGAUCUUACAUGUUUGUUUUCUGCUGUUAUCAGUUAUUUGAUUGAUUUUUAAUUCAGCUUAUCUGGUUUAUUGCCUUCUAUAACUUCACCUGUUAACUGUCUGUGUUUAUCUAAUAAAUCAAUAUAUUUAAAUGUUAAACACUUUGCAACUUGUUUUUUGAAAAGUGUUUUAUAAAUAAGAUUUUUAUUAUUAUUACUAUGGACUCUAUGUACUCUAACAGGCCUCGAAUUUAACGUUUAGAGUCUAAAUAGAAAAUCAAAAUCUGUUUUCAUCCAUCCAUCUAACCUUUAUUCAUCCUGGUCAGUCACACUGAGAUCAUUUCAGUGGAAAAACUGUUUUGGAAUAUUUAUGAGUGAUUAUUUAUGAAAUGUCUACAAGUGUAACGAGAUCAGAAUUCAAGUCAAAAAUCAUCUUUAGCUCCGUGGAAAUGUCUCAAACUGUUUUACUCUUAAAGUCAGUCAGUUAACACCUGAGUUUCCCUUAUAAAGGUAUGAUAUGAUAUUGUAUGGUACUGUAUAUGAGGUCAUGUGAUCUGUAGCAACAGUCAGGAGUCAGAAGUUAAAGUCUGUUUCUUUCUCACUGACUUAAAUCUGUGGUCUGUCUCCUUCCUCCUGCAGACGUCUCUCCUCUCAGGGCUGCUGGUGCUCCUGCUGUGUGUCGUCUCCUCUCUCUGUCAGGAGGAAUAUUCUGGAUACCACUCAGGUCAGAGCUGCUGCACCCUGCUGUGGCGGGUCUUCAUCGUCAGAAAUGUCAUAUUUACUUAUUCAUCUGAGGAAGAAGAGCUUCUUCAGUUCUUUACUCUGUUAUUAAACAUGCAGCACAAACAGGAAAUAAAUGAGAAGGUUGUGGUGUGAAAACCCUCCUGAGAUGAACUGUCUGUAGGUCCACAUCACAGUUUUCUUCUCUGAGAAGGUCAGUCCAGGUCUCAGAUCCAGGGUUGUGGUUUGUUGCCGUGUUUGUUGGUCUCUGAGGAUUUUUCACAAGAACUAAAAAAGAUAUUAAAGGAAAAAAGUGACAUUAAAAAUCUUAUUUUCUGCAAUUAAAUGGAAUAAACUUAGAAAAAGACUCAAACCUGACGGGUCAGUUUGCAGACGGGUUUUCUGUGUUUGAAAAUGUCAUAAACAUAAAAACUGACAGCUGCUCUUUGAUGCUCCUCCUCUGAUUUCACCUGAAUCCACUUUGGGAUCUUAAAGGGGGUUCUGGACCUGGACCAUGUGAACCUCAUGUGUUUGAUGUUUGUCUGUUCAGGUGAGGAACACACCUAUGAAGGCUCCCUGGUGGACCAGUAUGAUAACUUAGCCUCUCCUCAGCCAGGUGAGCACAGAGACCCGCCCCCUCAUUCUUACCUGACGACCUCUGACCUGCAGCUCGUUUCCACAAACUCUGAACACGAACCUGAAAGUCUUCCUGUUCUGCCUCCAGAGUACCCACCUGAGCCGACCCACGGCUACGACCCUUAUGGCCCCGCCCCCACUCAGGUCACCAUGAUCACCGAGGACGCCUUCCCUUACGCCACCACCACUGAGUCCUACUACGCCAAAGAGGACACAGAGACCAUGGAGGUGAGACUCUGAGGUCCAGGUCUGAGCAGCUGCUGUCGUCAGUCAUUCAGACAUUUGGACAUUUGUUCAGUCAUUUUGUGAAUCACAACAGAAAAAACAAAGUCUGAGGUUGACGUUGAUCUCCAGGUAUGAAGGAAGUCUUCUUCUUCAGUCCAGCUGAUCUUCAUUUUUAUAAACAAGCUCUCAGUUUUUGAAGAGAUGAGUGAGAAAGAGUUCAUUUUACAGAGACAGUCUCUAAAUGUGGUGAUGUGACUGUGUUUCAGGUCCCAUAUGAAGGGCCCGACACAGACUCUUCAGAGGAGUCCGGUCUCGAUGAAGGCCUCGUGGAGGAGGGGCCCACAGAGUGCGACUGUGAACCCGGAGCGCCGGGAUUCGCUGGAUUUGCAGGACCAAAGGUCGUGACUCAUUUCAUCUGAUCAUGGUCCCUUUAUUCUGAGGAAACAAGACUUUGACCUGCAGACGGCGAGAAGGAAACACACUCAGAAAUCCUGACAAUGAUCCGCCUGAGGGGGGCGCUCUUAACCACCUGUCAAACCUUGAAAAGAUUUCUAGUCCGUCAAAUUGUUCAGACCUCAGGCACUUUUGAUUUUUUUCAGCUGACUCUGCAAAAAGACGAGUCCAGUUUUUCUCAGAUACGAGUAAAAGAGCGAAUUAAGUCUUUACUGAGAUUAGAGAACAAAAACUUAUUUCACAAAAGACGAUUCAUUAAAGUCGUGUCUGAGUGAUGAAGUUGUUGACUAAUCUGUAAAUCUUUUAGACUCUGGAGUUUUUAAAUUUAUGAUUUUUAAAGAAACCUUUUUAUUCUUGUUUUUAUUGACUUAUUUGUUAGUUCAUGUCCCUUCAUUCGAUUUUUAACUGUUUUCUUUUUCAGUAAAACUCGUUUUUAUUGAUCUCAGAUGACUCUCAUUUCUCCAGAUGAUCAUUUCGUGUUUGAAUUGAAACCCUCUGUUUUCUUAUCGUCUUACUUUGUUUGAUCACUUCUAUCCUGACUCCUGACUGUCCACAAAUGUUCGAGGUUUCCUUAGUUUAUAUUUUCACUUAUUCACAAUCCUUUUAUUCUGAUUAGGAGUGGAUUUUAGGGGUUUGAAUACUUCAUCUUCUUGAAUUAGUUUUCAUAUUUUUCUAAAGCUGCUGUGGAAAAAAGAGCCAUAAAAGGAUGAAUUAUCGGUUAUUUUCAAUCUGAACACUUGGAGGUUAGUUCCUGUCUUACUGAUUCAUGUUCUGACUCUUUCAGGGGUCCAGAGGUCUGCAGGGUAAGACAGGUGAGCCGGGAACUCAAGGCAGAGAGGUGAGAAUGAAAACCUCAUCCCUGUCUGAGUUACAGCUGCAGCUUUUUCUCACGCCGCUCUAUCCGUGUGAUUUUCAGGGUUAUAAAGGAACCAAAGGGGUCCGAGGACGAGGAGGAGACACGGGGCCUGUGGUGAGUGAAUCAUGUCCCUGACUGCUGGGUAAACAUGGACCACAGCGCUGAUGUGAAACUGAAAGUAGGAGAAAACCUGAGAGGGGCGAACAAAGAAACUGAAACAGAAAUUAAACAGGACAGGAGUUAAAAACAAACCAGGAAAUAAAAGUAAAACUAAACUCUGGAAACUUCUGAAGGAAUCCCCCAAAAAGUGUUUGUUUUUAAUUUUCACACAGAGUCAAAAAUUGAACCCAGACUAAAACCACGUUCUAGAAAAGUCCCUGUCUUCAAUAACAAAGGAACUUCAUGUUAUAAGAAUGACUUCAUUCAGAGGAUUUGACUUCAGGAGAGAGAGAGAGAGAGAGAGAGAGAGGAGAGAGAGAGAGAGAGAGAGAGAGAGAGAGAGAGAGAGAGAAAGAGAGGGACGUGAAUCAAAUCAACUUUGUAGCUUCAUUAGAUUUUAUUCAACUUAAAUUCUGCUUCAGUUUUCCCUCGUCUUCAGGCCGAACGGUCUAAUCGCCCCACAUUUAGAGGUUAGAGUCCUCGUCCCAGCAGGUUUGAUUCUUUUAAACAAUAUACUUAUUGAACUUUUACAAGUAUACAAAAAAACCCCAUCAAAAACAUGGACAGUUGGACGAUGAAAUGCGUCGUCGUCUCCGUCUAUAAAAAGACCAAACUUGGAGUCGUCCAGACAACUGUCAAUAACAACAAAAAUAAAGAGAAAGUCAAAGAUAAGAAAGGACAGGGGGACAUGAGACAAAACAGAAAAAUAAUAAUAACAAUAAAGAUAAAAUAUACAUAUACUCAGCACAUCAGUGUCAGCGCCCCAACGUCCAAGAAAGUCCAACAGGGGUCUCCAAAUCUUCUCAAAUCCACCUGCUGUCCCUCUGAUGAUGACUUUUCCCCAAAUGAAAGGUCUUUGACCUUUGACCCCUUCUCUUUCAGGGUGACCCUGGCCUUGAAGGAGACGACGGAGCUUCAGGUUUCUCUGGAGCCAUGGUGAGUUCAGGGCUGAUAUUCACUCACCUGUCAGCCUGCAGGUGUGCUGACCUGUUCCCGCUCCUUUAAAGUGAACACAUGAUCCUUCACACUACGGCUUCAUAAACCCUCAUGAUCUCAUCAUCUACAGGGAGAGCCUGGACUUCCAGGAGACCCAGGAGAGUCCGGACUGCUGGGUCUGAAGGUAAACUCACUCUCACAUGUUUUCACCUGAGAGAAACCUGGACUCAGACUCUGAUUUGGAUGUUAGACGCACUUUUCAUCAUGAGCAGACUCUCCAAGUGUCUUUAACCCUAAAGUCUCCUCCUGUCAACAGGGAGACAUCGGGAUGGAAGGACCCAGAGGAGGAGUGGGACCUCGUGGUGAAACUGUGAGGAAACAUCUGAAGUGACUUUAGUUUUAAUCUGGGCUGCACAGACAUCUGUCUCUGCUGUAGUUUCUCCACAUUAAAGAAAGUCCUCAGACCUGAGGUGGAGACGUGUCGGCUGAGGGACAGGUGAUGGUGGUGACAGUCAGACCUGUAACUGCUGCUGCAGAGCUGGGUAAACCCACAGGUGGUCUUCUGCUCUUCUUUCAGUCUGUGUUUGAGACACAUUUGGAAAUCCCCCAGAGUUUGAUCCCCACCACCACCACCUGUGGGUUUUCACCAAAUCCUAGCCGCCGUGUCUGUUUCCUCACCAAACGUUUGGAGCGGCGGCGCUGUAAACUAGAGCAGCGGAGGAUUUUGGGGGUUUACCGGUUCACAGCUACGAAAGCAUUUCACAGUUUGACUCUUUUUGAGUUUUCUCACACCGACAGAUUGAACCCCUUUUUUUUUUAAACCCAGAUUAACGUUCAUAUUAUGUUAGAGUUCAAACAGCGUUAUUCUGAUUGUUUUAACUCUAAAAUCUGUGAAAUUUAAACUCUAAUCAGAAUAUUUUAAUCUCAGGGCUCUUCUGGUGAUGCUGGAGCCACAGGACCAAAGGGAGGUAAAGGUACCAAGGUAAUGAAACACAGAAGCACUGACGCACACACACACACACACACACACACACACACACACACACACACACACACACACACACACACACACACAGAGUUUAUUAAGUGAACGCUGAUUCUCUGAAGGUUAAAGCAUCCCUGUCGUGUUUGAUUUUCUCUGUCAGCUCCUUUUAAAAACUUCCUCCUCUCACUUGUCGGGAGUCUUCUCCUCAGCGCUGACUCUCUCUCUCUCUCUCUCUCUCUCUCUCUCUCUGUCUCUCUCUCUCUCUCUCUCUCUCCCUCUCCCUCUCUCUCUCUCCCUCCCUCUCUCUCUCUCUCUCUCUCUCUCUCUCUCUCUCUCUCUCUCUCUCUCUCUCUCUCUCUCUCUCUCUCUCUCUCUCUCUCUCUCUCUCUCUCUCUCUCUCUCUCUCUCUCUCUCUCUCUCUCUCUGAAUUUCUGCUCAGGGGUCCGGCGGUGACGAAGGGAAAGAAGGUCCUCAGGGUCGAGACGGACAGAAGGUUCGCAUGAAAAUUUUAAAGUACUUUCAGUCUUUGUAAAGAGAAACUCAAAUACUAAAUUCUUUUUCAGCAACAUUUUCACACUGAAUCCACAUAAAGGUCACGACCUCUCCAGCCUUUGUUUCACUAACUCACUGUCCAUCUCUGUCAGGGUCAAAUCGGAGCUCCAGGGUUCCCCGGGGACGUCGGCGAAAGAGGAUAUACUGUAAGGAAAACCCUCAGUCGUAUUUUUUAACUAAUAAAAUGAUUUAAAUCUUUUUUUUUUUAAGUUCUGCUCAGGAUGAACGAAUCUUUAAAGUUUAAAACAAACUUUAAAAAAAGAUCCGAACAUGUCAGAUGAAAAUGUUUACUCAUACGUCUCAGAGUUUCUGUGCUUUGAGGUCACACUCAAAAACAUGAAUGAAGUUUAUUUACAAACACAGAAGCUUGAUGACUCUUAAUUAAACAUUCAAUUAAAGACACAACCAGGGCUGUUCAUCAGAUCAGCUGAGUGUGAAGAGGAGGCCGGGGUCACUAAGACUCAGUGACCGUCUUAACGCUCGUAAACGUGACGACCGUUUCAUCCAAUCAUUUCUGGUCUUAGCUCUUAUUCAGCAGAGCCUGUGAAGGUGAAACUAAUAAACAACAGCCUCCUUACUUAUCGUCAAUAAUCAGUUAUUAGGAAGUUAUUGUUUGUGUGAAGGUUUGUAAAGAUUGUUCAUGGACAUUAAAGUGUUAAUAAGUUCUUUAUAAAGACGGAUGAAGAGUCACCGUCUCUACUUCUCCUUUCCUGUUUCCUGUUUGACGUACAGUAUGAAGUUGUAGUGAUCAUGUGACCUUGUUGCGUUUCCGUCUCACAGUGAGCAGAUGUGACUCAUACUGAAAGUCCUCACUUACAUAGUGAUAAAUGAGCCGCUCACCUCAAAGGUCAUUGAGUUUGAGGAUCAAUAAUGUUCUUCAGUAACACUUUACAAUAUUCAUAAUUUAUAAACGGUGAGUGGAUAGUUAAUUAAAGUUUAACCAUCAUUUAAAAACAGCAUAUAGACCAAUUAUAAAUGACAACUAGGUAAUUUAUUAAUGUGAGUUAAUUUAUUUUACCACUAACAAGCAAUGAAAUUAUAAUUAAUCAUUAUUAUUAAUAAACUAUGUAUUUUUAAUAAAGGUUUAAAUAUUGGUUGUAAAACAUCCAGAUGAAAAUGUGCGUCAGCAGCUCUUUAUAAAUGUUUAAUAUUUGGUUUUUAAACCAUCUAUUAACUUUACUGAGAUGGUUAUUGUAAAGUUGAAACUGAUGUUUGUAAUACUUUAUAAAUGAUUAAUAUUUGGUUUUUAAACUAUCUAUAGACAUAACUUUGAUGAUUAUUGUAAAGUUAGGGUUUUACAAUUGUAAAAUGUACAAUGUAUUCAUGGUCUAUAUGCUAUUAUAUAUAUACUAUAUAUAUAUACUAUAAUGAUGAUUAAACAUGAAUAAACGAUCUGCUUUACAUUCAUAAAUGGUCUGUUUACCUUUUAUAAGUUCUGGUUGUUGUAAAGUGUUACCUGUUCUUCUUAUCUCCUUAAAGUGACUUCAUGAAUUCUUCUAAAGGACUGAGAUUCAUUGACCUCUCAUCUUCAUCAUCAUUGAGGUGUUUCAGUGAUAUUCAGCGUUAACCUCUGUCUGUCUGUCGGUCUGUCUGUCUGUCCUCCUCAGGGUUAUCCUGGACUGUCAGGAGGGUUCGGACCCAGUGGACCAAAGGUACGACAGACAAACACAUCAUGACUGACGCUUGUUUUCUUCUUCUCUCCUUUACAUUCCUCACUGAGUGGGUGUAAACAUGUGACUCUGUGUGUGUGUGUGUGUGUGUGUGUGCGCACGUGUGUGUCUGUGUGGGUGUGUCAUGAGUUCCCCAGUGAAACAGCCAAACAUGAACAGUUCCUGAAAACGUCCUGAACUUACCCUGAGGGUCUCCUGUAUGUGUGAACAGAAACAUGCAGGUUUUUCAUCCUGACUUCACUCAGAGGUUUUCCUGCUGCAGUCUGGUGAAGCUCAUGUGAGAACGCAGCAGCUAAUCCACAGGGUCAUUCUGGGAAAUUUUCAGGAACUUUGUGCGAAGGAGUUAUUGUGAGUCUUUGUGUGGACUUGUGUACCAUGAAAAGACCCCUACCUGAAGACCUGAGGGCUCUGGAAGUCUCACAGGACCAAAGUAAAUCUGAUAAAGCAGAGCGCCACCCUUCAGGCCUUUGCAAACCGAUAAAGCGUUCUUGUCGCUGAGUUUCGCAGCAGCUGAAGGUGUGAAGGGCAGAGAGGAGAGGGUUACAACAGAUUCAUGGAAAUGAGCUCGAAUCGAACCACAGACCGGGAGUCAGGACUUUGACGUCUGUGUUGAGUUCUGUCCUGGUUGAGCUGCAAACGUCCUCUGGUGUAUUCAUGAUUAGAUUUCUAAAACAGUUAAAAAGGUGAACAGAUAAACAUUCGUCAUUUUCCUCACACCGACAUUUCAAAGAAAGAAGGACGGGGGUGUCAGUUCUGCUCUCCCGUGUUCCCUGACCAGACCCUUAGAGACUCUGAGACCCUGUAAUGCUGGACUACACGACUAUGAUCGAAAAACACCGUCAGCAGAAUAAGUGGUCUUGGUUCUGUGACACGUAUGUUCAAAAUGACAUUGAAGUCUACGACAGGUGAACUAAUUUAUGAAAGUCUGAUAAUAGAUAAUAACACAAAAGGGGAAAACUAGACAUGAGCGACACCAUGACCCUCUCAUCCUCUGAAGAGGAGUGUGGGUGUGUGUGUGUGUGUGUGUGUGUGUGUCUACACGCCCUGGAAUAAACCACUCGAGUAAAUCAGCUGAUCGCUCAGUUCAGUUUAGGCCUGUUAAGAAACCACAAGAAAGGUCAGGAGGUAAAUACCUGGACAACACAACACUAAAAAAGGAAGAACAACAAAAACAACAUCAGCAGCAGCAGCAUGUGAAACGAGGAUGAUUCAUCGUGGUUAACUCCAAAAUAACAGCUGUUGUGUUUGAUUCAGUCAGCAGGCUGUCACAGAUCACUGCAGGUCAGUGACUCACAGUAAUGGACUACAGAGAGACCAGAGACCAGACAUAAACUCAUCUGCAGACCUGGGGGGACGUUAAAGAUCGAGACGAGGGUUUAGGAGUGACUGAGGUGUGAAUGAGGAGUAACUUCGCUGAUAAGAAAGAAAACUGAGUGAAGAAGAGGAUGAUGAGCUUUAGUCAGAGGACCGGACUCAGUCAGAGAGAAACAGAAGAAGAAGAUUCAUGGAGCAGUUAAAGGGAUAUUCCGGCGUUAAAUUAAUUAAGGGUCAAACACACCGAUAGAUAGACACCCCGUGGAGAGAUGAAUGUUGUCGACCGCUUGCUUCUCUAGUUAUACCAACUUUAGUAACGACCGCAGGAUAGAAAUACAGAGAGCCACGCCCCCAACCAAAACGCCACUCUAUAGCCACAAAUAAUGCUCAGAACAGCACCUAACUUCAUCAACAGGACAUAUAGGGUCACAGCCACAGCACCAGUACGGACUACAGCGGGGUGCCGCAGCUCAAGGAAGAACAUUUAUGAUCAUUUCUUCAUGGAAAUACAAUCAGACCGAGACGCUGAGACAGAAGAACUACCACGUCUGUAAAAUGAUCAAUAUGGUGAUUAUUACUUCAAGGAAAUGAUGAAGAAAUGAUCAUAAAUGUUCUUCCUUGAGCUGCGGCACCCCGCUGUAGUCCGUAAUGGACUGGCCUGAGGUCUCGCUACAAACAAGCGUCUGCUGGAAGAGAGUAGGUGAGUUGUGUUUAGUCUCUUUGCUAAAGAAAUGAGUCAAAGUUAAAAAGAUGUUUGGUGUCUAGUACUAUGUCUGUGACCCUAUAUGUCCUGUUGAUGAAGUUAGCUGCUGUUCUGAGCAUUAUUUGAGAGACGGAGAGUGACGUGAGGGAAAGGAGUCCCAGACUGGACGAGAACCCGGGCUGAGCGUAACCAGUGCGCCCUGUAAUGACCUCUUUUCUAUGUUUUCUGUAGAUCAGUUUCCACACUUGAAGGCUCCGCCCCUGAAACUUGUUCACACAUGUCCUGAAAAAGUUUUCCUGUCAAAGGAGGAGAGCUGGGAGAGAAACCAAAUCUAAAACCAGCUCGAACCGUUUCAGUCUUAUCUGGAAAAUGAGUCUCAGAUGUUUUUAUUUAGUCUUCAUGAUUCACUGGAAUGUCUUCACGCCCACCUCUGCGCUGAAGUCGCAGCUGCUGUCUGACUCUUUUGGGAAAUGUAACCGGGCUUAUGUUCAGGUCACUUUAUUUGGGCGCUGUAGUUGGAUUUGUUUAGCAGCAAAUAUAACACAAAACUGGACAAAACAAUUAGGAUAAAAAACUUCAUAUAAACUCAAACAUGAUAAAAAUACUCCACCAAUCAGAGAGCACGAAUCAGCUCAUCAGAUCCACCAAUCAGAGAGCACGAAUCAGCUCAUCAGAUCCACCAAUCAGAGAGCACGAAUCAGCUCAUCAGAUCCACCAAUCAGAGAGCACGAAUCAGCUCAUCAGAUCCAUGAAUACAUAAAGUGUUAAACCAAAUAUAUACUGGCGGUGAAUAAGGCUUCUGCCAUGUGUGCUUACAGGACAGAUUUAGGGCGACGAAGGGUGCUGAGUCCGUCGGUCAGGUUUGAUAUGUGUUAAUAAACCAAAAGGGAAGUGGAGGAAAAAAAAGGGUAGUGGUUAAGUUUGUUGAUAUUUACCCAUCAUCCUGUGCAGGAUUUUGAGAUAACUGCAAAGACUGUUUGACCUCAGCGUCCUUCAGAAAGACAAUAAACCACACAGUCCCUAAAUAAACCGAAACAUUCAGGAUUUUAUUUUCUGGUGAUUUAGUUUCACAGAAGAUGUGAUGAAACGAGUCACAGAAAGGAGGACACAACGGCGAGACAACGAAUCAGUUUGUCCAACAGACAGGGUUUAAUGAAACUCAGGCAGAGACAGGCAAAGGUCAACGACAGCUAGACUAUGAGAGUGAAUAAAUACUGGAAGGAGACAACAAACAGGUGACGAGACACUGAGACACACGAGGUUAAAUACAACAGGUAAUGAUGGGAAACAGGCGGAGAGACACAAUCAGGGGCAGGGCAGACCAGACAGGAACAAAUGUAGACCGAAGACAAAUCUGAGCUCAACAGAGUCUCUCCGUGACGACUCUCUCAUGAAAACCUGUUUUUGAAGUUCUUUUAUCUAAGAAAGGUGCUUGUUUGUUUCUUCAGGUGAUUAUUUAAGUCCUCUUUAACCCACUUCUUCAUCAGAACAGGACUUCACUGUUAGUUUUAUUGUCUGUUGAUAGUCGUAAAGAUAAAGCAGUGUGAGUCAGCUGUUUACAGGCGCUGAGUUAAACUAGUUCAGGAUAACGUUUCCCAAGAGCGGAGAGUUUCUUCUUCUCAUUUCUGGAGCUCUGUAGAAAUUCUGAAAUUCUGAGAUGAUUUUGUCAGACUUUUUUUCUCCACAUGCACUUUCACUUUAUGAAAGACGAGUACUGAAGUGACUCCAGGGGUUUUUGGAGUAUUACCUCCUAAAAGACAAGUGAAAGAAGAGUAAAGCUGAAACCAGCAGCUAUGACCAGUGUGUGAAAAUAUGCCCUCCAGAUGUUGUCAUCAAACACUGAUCAGACAGCAGGACUGGAUUCAUCUCUGAAGUUUCCAGAGUUUUUUAUAAAGCUGCUGUGGGGAACUUUUUUUUAGUUCAUUAUUAAUCUGAGGGACUGCUGUUCACAGGGGAAACCAACGAUGUUCACAGCCUGACUGGAGAUAAAAACACGACCACGAAAAUAUACGAGGAGGAUAAAAUACAUGCUGUCAAAAGUCUUAAAGUGCGGCCUCUCUGACUGAAGAAAGGAAAAGUUGUUUCACUGGGAGGUGGAAAAAGAAAGAAAGAGAAAGUGAGAGGUGUGGUGGUGAGGUCUGACCCCUGAAUGUCCUCUCUCUCUAACUUCUCUCUCUCUCUUUUCUCUGUCAGGGCUCUCAGGGUCAGGGCGGCGUGCCCGGCAGUGACGGCGACCCCGGUGACGAUGUGAGUUUAUUCGCAGAAAGCCUCAAACAUGUAAAGAGAAACUCUCCUGUUGUUGUUUCAACCUUUGUGAUCUCUGUCUGCUCUGUCUCAGGGUCCGCUCGGAGUCCCAGGUGUGAUGGGAGAACCUGGAGCGUUUGGUCCGAAGGUAACAAGCGUAGUGGUCUGCAGCUCUCUGAUUGGCUGUUCCUUCUUCUUGUUUACUUUUCAAAUCAGUGCUUCAUUGUUAAAAUAAGAGGACAACAUCACCUGGGAACAAAAGUCUCAGAGGACUCAGAAAAAUCCCCCAGAAUCCUCCUGUGAUAUUUACAAUACUUGAGAAAGAUGAGUCAUGACACUGGAAACCAGCCAAUCAGCUGACACCUGGAGCUGAACCACAUCAGAACAAUGGUGGAGUCUUGUAGUACAAACACUCACACCCUGCUGUCCUCGGUCCUGAGUCACUUUAAGUCAUGUGACGACCCGGCUGGCUGAGUGACUUUUAUCACAGUCGCCGUUUCUCCGCAGUCUCAGAGACGAACAUCUGUUUGAAAACACAGACGCUGUAAUCCCUGUCUGCCUCACCGAACAACAACACAUUUAACUUCUUCUCCUCUCAUGGAUGAGAAGUUUCCACCUCUCCUUCCACAUGAAAACACAAACAUCAGUCUGAAGGAAGCGCUCACAUUUGUCCUCCUGGACCCGCUUCUCCAGUCUGGGAAAAGAGCUGCGUCCUCUGCUCUCCUGGUCCUGGAUCAUCAUUCCUCCGUUGUUCGGUGAUGUGGUCCUUCGCCUCAGUCUGAGUCUCUUUGAACGUGGCGGUAAAUCUCCUUUCACAGCUUCAAACAUGUCGACUCGUUGUUCAGCUAAAUCCUCCUCUGGUGAGCGGACGGUCCUGAGACUCAGAUCGAGUCUUCGUCAGUCUUUGCCCCGUUAUCAAACUGGGUUCAUCCCUUUUAUUUCGACCCUCAUUGGGGUCACGCCCCCCGGUCUGGGAGUCCCUGAACCGACCCGCUCAUGCAGCAGUAAACUGGUCCAGUUUGGGUGAAAUGAGUCAUUUAGUCAGUGGAGUUUGGUGUUUCUGUGUCAGACACCUUUAAUGAAAAUCUUGAACCUGUCAGAGAAAAAAACAAAAAACACUCAGACUUCAAAAUACGAGAAACAGCUGAGCUCGAGUUUUCACAGCCGUUUACACAAAUAUCAGUUUUAAAACAAACAGCUGAGCCUGUUUUUACCGUAUCUAAACGUCUGUUUUUAUCCUGCAGGGCGGUAAAGGGGACCGAGGUGUGAGGGGACGGAGAGGCAGAGUGGGAGCUGGGGUGAGUAAUCAGCUGGGUGUGUGUGUGUUUUUUAAGUGACUCAGGAAAGUUUCAUUUCUGAGAAACCAGGAGGAGCAGAAGGAGGAGGAGGAGGAGUAAAUGUUUGGAUUACUCUUCUGUCGAAGUGUCUCUGAGCAGGACGUCUUUGACAGCUUCCCUCCUGAAAGUUCCUCCAGUCUGCAGAAAUCACUGACCUGAUUUAACUUUGGUUUUUAGAUGUUGUCAGUAACUUUCCAUCUGACCGAAGUUAUCUGGAAAUAAACUAAAUAUGAAAGACGCUCUGUCAGGAAAAAAAAGAAGUAUGAGUUAAAAAAAAAUGCAGUUUAAGGAAGUGAGAAUGCAAAGUUUUAAUUUUUAAUUUAGAGCAACUUCCAGAAGAAAACGACAAACUGAGUCACGAUUUUCUGCAGUGACAUCUUCAGUAUGAACUCAACAGAGAUGUGGGAUCAAGACGAGAAAACGAGACAUUUCAGAGUCAAAGUGGAUUCAUGUUAAAAAGACGGAUUUAAAGCUAAUAUCAUAUUUACAGAAUUAAUCAGUCCCAACAGUGUCGAGUAUCAAGAGGGGCAGGAUGACUUUGAGGUGGUGUCAGUGGACACAGGCCCUAAAGGUCAAAGUUCAGUGACUCACAUCAUCACGCUAACAUUUCAACAAAUUCAAGAGAAACCCCGACAGAAAACUACGCUGCUGUGAAAUCUGACGUGUUGAGGUUUGAGGGGAAACACAGAGGAACAGGCGACAUGUUUUAAUCACACUCAUGUAAAAUAACUCUGUCUCUGUCUCAUCUUCCUCCCCUACAAACAUAAAUGUGAUGCAGCAGAACCAGGAUCUUCAGUUUCUCCUCUGUUUGUGUCACAGGGAUCUCCAGGGGAGCAAGGAGACGCCGGAGUGCCAGGAAAACUGGGAGCAAAGGGUCUGCAGGGCUCGAUUGUGGGUACACACAACACUCAGAGUCUAGUCCUUCUGUCUUCAGUAUCAUCUGAUGUUUGGUGACAAAUACGAGGUUUAAAAGUGGAUUUUACUUCACAUUGAUAACAGACAUGUAUCAGUCUAUAACCCUCAUCAUGAACAGUGAAGAAACAAAGACGAAUGAGUUCAAGUCAAAACUACGAUUCUCUGAAACAUGAACAUCUAAGUGAGUGUUUGAAGAAUCGAGCUGUGACGGUGUCGUCGUGUCGUCUGACUGAGCUGCUCAGAUUUAUUCUGAUCAUGACGAUAAUAUGUGACGAUUUAUAAUAACGGAGGGUUGUUUUUAUUUCUCUUUCCUCAGGGCGCUAAAGGCGAAACAGGACCUGACGGUGAGAAGGUGAGCUCCACGGAGAACGGUUACAGAUUAAAACUUAGUCUAUGUUCAAACUCUGAGGUUUUAACCAUCUGUGACUCAUAUCAGAUUUUUUCAUUGAAGUGUGAACAGUCCAUUUCUGAUUCCUUGUAAUCCGACCCAGGCCUCUUUUGUAUGUGGAUAUAAAUCAGAUAUGGGGCAGGACCUUCCCCUACCAUCCACAGAGUCUGUUUUAUCUUUUGCACUGGUAUCUUGGUUUGCCAACGUGUCACUCCAGGACAAAAACGCUCUGGGCCAGGUUGUUAAAUCGGGGAGCCUCAACUCUCCAUGACAGCUCUCUAUGAGGCCCAGCUGCAGCGUAAAGCCAGCGCUAUUGUUUUGGACAACUCGCACCCUCUGCAGAGCGAGUUCCAGCUCCGUCCCUCCAGCUGUUGCUUCUUGGUCCCCAAGGCCAGGACCAAGCGUUACAGAACCACCUUUGUCCCUGCAGCUAUUGCAGUGCUUAACGGCAGGGCUAAUAGAUGAGGGCGUCUUAUUGAACCUUCGGAUCUUAACGAUUGGCGUUUUUUCUUUUCUUGUACUUGACUGUUGUAUUGUUGUUUUUAUGCGUGUCUUAUCGGGACGGCUGGGUUCCUGCCUGCAAUAAAGAAACCUUUGACCCUUUGACCUUUGACCACCCUACAAACGUUUUUUCGCACCCUGCACCUGAUAGGGUGAACAGAUUUUUCCGAUGUUUUUUCUCUUCACUUUGUGGAGAUCGCACUAUAGGACCAUGAUCGCCAUGGAAACGAGGUUCAUAAUAAUUACUAACCAUGACUUUAAACCUACGCGGUGACUCCACCUACAGAGUCCUGAUGCUCCUGAACCUGUAGGUGAAGUUCAGCACGGAGCCUUCACAGAUGAUAGAUCUUUCUGUUUGAAGGUUCAGACUUUGUUUUGUUUCUAUUUCUGUUCACCUUCAAACACACACACACACACACAGACACACACACAGACAAACACACACACACACACACACACACACAAACACACACACACGUGGAGUUUCCCGCUCCGGCGGCUUCUUUUGUGGUUUUUGUCUUUCCUGUUUUUCUCGUUUAUCUCUGACUCUGACUUGAUCAUAAUCUGGUGGUUUUUUCUCUGCAGGGCGCCGCAGGUAGAAAAGGUGUCAGAGGCCUGAAGGGACAGAAGGUGAGUGAACCUGAUCCCAGUCUGAUGAUGAUGAAACUCCUGCCCGUCAUGUCGUCAUUGUUUUUCCCUGAACCUGCUCUCAUUUACUCGCCAUUUGUUUGUUUCCUCUUUCCUUUACCUCUCAGGGAAGUAAAGCCGACCGUGGAGACAAAGGACAGGUGGUUACUCGCCUUUAUUACCUCAUCAUGUGGUUAAAACACGUUUGAUUUUAUGACCUCAUUUUAAGACGAGAGGAAAGUGUCUGAAUCAGCAGAACCUCAAACUGGUCCAUGAAAUCCCAUCAUGAUGACAAAGAUGCUUCUCUACCACAGCGUGGACCCAAAGGGGCAGGGGGUCGUACCGGUGUCCCCGGCCCCGUGGGACCGCCUGGUAUCCCCGGGACCAGAGGAGAGCGUGGACCGGCUGGAGACCUGGGUGUUAAAGGUCGAGCAGGAAUCAAAGGAGCUCCAGGUCCAGCUGUGAGUGAAUGACUUUAGAUUAUCAUCGUGGAUUUGAGAGACCCUGAUGUGGAGUCUUUCCAACCCUGAAACCCUCUCUGUCCUGCAGGGUCCUGGUCUGACCGAUGAGCAGGUCCUGCAGCUCUGUAAAGGUGUAGUCACGGCUCAGAUCUCCCAGUACGCCGCCUCCAUCAGGGCCAAGUGUUCCCAGGGCUGCCCCAUCAACAACCGCACACUCAUCGGGCCCCCAGGAGCCCGAGGGCCGACGGGAUCACCAGGGAAAGUAGUAAGUCCAACUCUAGACUCAGAGGUUGACCCGGGUUCAGUCCUUCACACCCUUUACAGCCUCCAGUCCUCUUGUGUAUCGAGUUGAUGCUUGGAUCUUUACAAAAACUGGGUUCUGAGGGUUGAAGGUGCAUUAUCGAUGAUGGUAACCUGAAUCUGCCUCCACCUGUCAGGGUAAAGCAGGUAAAGCCGGAGCCAAAGGAGCCAGAGGGGCUCAAGGUGACCGAGGACUGGAGGGGCAGAAAGGAGCGCAGGGUAACAAAGGUGAGAGCAGAUCUGAGGAGGUCUGUCUGAGGUUCAAGAGUCGACCAGAGACGAACAGACCAGGACUCCACGUUGAUCCGAGCAUCUUCUCAAAGGCUUGUGUGUUUCCCUGAACAGGUCCAAAGGGAUCUAAAGGCCUCGCAGGAGCUCCAGGUAAAGGUCUGCCGGGACCUGAUGGACCACAAGGCCUCAGAGGUUUGUAAAUUAAAAUGUCAUCGAACCCGAAUCUUUAAUUUUGGAUCAGUGUUGACUGAACCACGGCUCUCUGCAGGUUUGCCAGGUCACCAAGCGGAGGUCAAAAACGGCAUGGAGGGUCCUCUAGGUCCCCGUGGUUUCCCCGGUCCAGUCGGUCAGAUGGGGAUGCUCGGGACCGCGGGUGUGCCGGGAUUCUGCGAGGCGCGGGACUGCAGCAUUCAUGCGCCUGUGAUGCGUAAAGAGCAAGGACUGGUGAAAGGACCGGUCAGUGCAAAGAUCUGAACCCGAGUACGAGUUACUAAAACUGCUGAGACUCUCCAGGGAGAAACUUUGAGGUUCCUCUGAUUCAACUCCUGCUGACAAACGGGCGCCAACACGACUGGAGAGAGAGCUAAACAUACGGGGUUAGUAUCUUUGAAAUCUGGGAUUAUUUUAAUCUGUGGAGACUGAGAAUGUCGGUGGGCCGAGCACGGUACCAUGGGGAACUCCGCUGGGUCUAAGUUUGGGCAGAAAUUCUCCUGAAUGAAAGCAGAAAAGCCGCUUUGAGGUGACCUUCUCUAGAUGAGACAGGUUUUACACUUUGACACGAUCCGAACACGUAGAAGUUUGACCUUCGACCCGUGCGCCUGAGGUGAUAAGAUGAAGAGAAUGAACCUCCCGUUCUUUGGCCCAGUUUUGUUCUUUGUCGGCUGUUUCCUGGUUGAAUAAAGAUGAAUAAAAAUGCUCUGUAAAUAGUUUGUAAAGUAACUCAAGUGCGUGUACUGUGCUCUGAAAUGUUUCAGAUAAACUGACCUUUUUUUUUUAAUCUGAGUCGUCGGCUUGUCGCUCACUUGGUGUCGUUGGAAAGAUGAUGAGGAAAAGAUAAACUGACCAAUCACACGA